GAAAGAUUCAUUACAGAACGCUUUAGUCAAACUACCUCUCUGAACCUUUUUUACCAAUACGGUUGUUGUUCCAUUCACCGGAGCAGGUUUAACAAUUUUGUAAUCUAUAUUUCUGAACUAUUUUAUGUUAAGAAGUAUUAAGUAUGGAGACAAUCAGUUAUCCCCUUACUGUAGUAUAUUGUGGAAAUUGUUCAUUACCCAUAGAAUACUGUGAAUAUCAUCCAGACCAUGAUAAAUGUAAAGCCUGGUUAGAAAAAAAUUUACCUGAUGAAUUUGAAAAAAUCUCAAUUGGUGAUAAACCAGAAGAAGAAGGCACUGAAAAAAAGAAGCAACAGAAGAGAGGUGGUAAAGGAAUAAUUAAAGCAAGGAGCAAGAAAGAAAGUGGACCUAAACAGGUGUUUUUAUCUCGAGCACCAAGGGGUAAAAAGAAAUCUGUAACUGUUGUGACUGGUUUAAGUUCUUUUGAUAUUGAUCUCAAAGUAGCUGCCAAAUUUUUCGGUACUAAAUUUGCAUGUGGAUCAUCUGUUACUGGUGAAGAUGAAAUUGUGAUUCAAGGUGAUGUCAAAGACGAAUUAUUUGAUGUGAUACCAGAAAAGUGGCCUGACAUAGACGAAGACUCUAUUGAAGAUUUAGGUGAUUUAAAGCGUUAGGUAUCCUUUGUUUUAUUUAAUUAAUUUUUUUUUUGUAUUGUGAAUAGAUUUUUAUUUAAAAUAACUGAUUCAUAAGGAUUGUAGAUGAUUGUAAUUAAAUCAAUAUCUGAAGUUCCUCAAAGAUAUUUGGUUCUUACUUUCUUAUUUUUUAUCAUUUUU